UGCCAGUGCGUGGCAGUCCAAAGUGGGCGGGGAUUUCAGCUCGGACCGGAAGAGAAGCGGCGACAACCCGAAACAGAGCUAACAAACGAUGGCUGCAAUCAGGAAGAAGCUGGUGAUCGUGGGAGACGGAGCGUGUGGGAAGACCUGCCUGCUGAUCGUCUUCAGUAAAGACCAGUUCCCAGAGGUCUAUGUGCCCACUGUGUUCGAGAACUAUGUGGCUGACAUCGAGGUCGACGGCAAACAGGUGGAGUUAGCAUUAUGGGACACAGCAGGACAGGAGGACUAUGACAGACUGAGACCUCUCUCCUAUCCCGACACUGACGUUAUACUCAUGUGCUUCUCUGUAGACAGCCCAGAUAGUUUAGAGAACAUUCCAGAGAAGUGGACUCCGGAGGUGAAACACUUCUGUCCUAAUGUUCCCAUCAUCCUCGUGGGCAACAAGAAGGACCUGAGGAACGACGAACACACACGCAGGGAGCUGGCCAAGAUGAAACAGGAGCCAGUGAAGUCGGAGGAGGGCAGAGACAUGGCUAACCGGAUCGGUGCCUACGGCUGUCAGGAGUGCUCAGCUAAGACCAAGGACGGAGUCAGGGAGGUGUUUGAGAUGGCCACCAGGGCGGCGCUACAGGCCAAGAGACGUGGAAAGAAGAACGCCUGCAUGCUGUUAUAGGCCCCAGGGAGAAGUUGCCCCUGGAUACUGAUCUUGGACCAGUUUUACCCUCCCAAAAUAUAGUUGUAAUCAUUUAAAGGGAUAGUGUCACAUUUUGGCAAUGACUGAACGUCUGACAGGGUUCCCCGAUUUUAUUUACCUCCUCGCUCAAGUUUUCUGAGCAAAAAAUAAAUACAAGUUUACGUUAUUUUAUUGUUGGACAUAAAGACUGUAAAACCCCUGAAAAUCAGUUCCAAGGGAUUUUGAUUUUGUAAAUCUGUACCAAAGUAUUCUCACUCAUAAGAGAGAGAUGUAUGUAAUUGUAUGAUUGUUUUAGUCAGUGUGUAUAUAUAUUUGUUUGGGCUUCUUGCGGUCAAUUUGCAGUCUACAAAUUAUUUCUAAUUAUGUUCCUUACCAUUCGCUCAAGAACAAAAAAUCUUUCUGUGGCUGAAUCUCUUGGUGAUGCUGGUGUUAGCGCAAUCAGCUAACUGAUACCAUAGACUUCCAGUCAUUACGCUAACACUGGUUUAUCAAAGGCUCACAAAACUUCAACUUCCUUUAAACUACACUCAGAGACACAUUUGUAUCCAUGAGUUUUAUCUGACUCUGGGUCAGUAGUUAAAGGGCUUAAUUGCCAAAAUGGUGCACCAUCCCUUUUGAGGGGUAGGUUUAAAACUGGUCUCAGAUCUGUGCCUGUGGGUAACGCCCCUUUUGAGGGGUAGGUUUAACACUGGUCUCAGAUCUGUGCCUGUGGGUAACGCCCCUUUUGAGGGGUAGGUUUAAAACUGGUCUCAGAUCUGUGCCGGUGGGUAACGACCCUUUUGAGGGGUAGGUUUAAAACUGGUCUCAGAUCUGUGCCUGUGGGUAACGUCCCAUCUCGGCACCCUAUUCCCUAUGUGGUGCACUAUAUAGGGUUGCAUUUGGGACUGGGGAGGGGAUAGAAAGGGUUAAAUGCCCUCGAUCUGAAAAAAUUGCGUAGGUAUCAAAAAGGAAAUCAAAUCUUAUUCGUCAUAUCCACAGGAUACAGAAGGGAGUCUAUAUGGAACUACUGUGUGAAAGUAGGUCAUGUUCAUUAGUCACCGAACGGAACAAAACAGACUGAAACCGGGAGGGAUCUACCUGAACUUUUACAAUAAGAAUCAAUCUUCUACUGCAGUACAUUUUGUUACGGUGUUUAUUAAUGAAUGCAACCCUGAUGGGCGAGGUGGAAAUGUGGCUAUGUUUUUACAUGUAUCCAAUCCUGUCAGAACUACACUAAUGCCUUAGGGUGAAGGAGCCAAGGGGGCUGGGAAAGAUGGACAGUGUUGUUUUGAUGUGGAGCUGUGCCAUGAGGCCUAUAGGAGGAAUUGAGAAAGUAGCGUCGACUGUGGCUUCCUCUCCUGGUCAACCCAGCUGGCCUUAAUUUAAAGUUUCUCCUGUCCACUGCCUUUAUGUCACCAUAGACAGGAAGCUGUUAGUUUCACCUGUCCUCUGCCUUCAGGUAACUAUAGACAGGAAGCUGUUAGUUUCACCUGUCCUCUGCCUUCAGGUAACUAUAGACAGGAAGCUGUUAGUUUUACCUGUCCUCUGCCUUCAGGUAACUAUAGACAGGAAGCUGUUAAUUUCACCUGUCCACUGCCUUCAUGUAACUAUAGACAGGAAGCUGUUAGUUUCACCUGUCCUCUGCCUUCAGGUAACUAUAGACAGGAAGCUGUUAGUUUCACCUGUCCUCUGCCUUCAGGUAACUAUAGACAGGAAGCUGUUAGUUUCACCUGUCCUCUGCCUUCAGGUAACUAUAGACAGGAAGCUGUUAGUUUUACCUGUCCUCUGCCUUCAGGUAACUAUAGACAGGAAGCUGUUAAUUUCACCUGUCCACUGCCUUCAGGUAACUAUAGACAGGAAGCUGUUAGUUUCACCUGUCCUCUGCCUUCAGGUAACUAUAGACCGGAAGCUGUUAGUUUCACCUGUCCUCUGCCUUCAGGUAACUAUAGACAGGAAGCUGUUAGUUUCACCUGUCCUCUGCCUUCAGGUAACUAGACAGGAAGCGGUUAGUUUCACCUGUCCUCUGCCUUCAGGUAACUAGACAGGAAGCGGUUAGUUUCACCUGUCCUCUGCCUUCAGGUAACUAGACAGGAAGCGGUUAGUUUCACCUGUCCUCUGCCUUCAGGUAACUAGACAGGAAGCGGUUAGUUUCACCUGUCCUCUGCCUUCAGGUAACUAGACAGGAAGCGGUUAGUUUCACCUGUCCUCUGCCUUCAGGUAACUAGACAGGAAGCGGUUAGUUUCACCUGUCCUCUGCCUUCAGGUAACUAGACAGGAAGUGGUUAGUUUCACCUGUCCACUGCCUUCAGGUUACUAUAUAGAGGAAGCGGUUAGUUUCACCUGUCCACUGCCUUCAGGUAACUAGACAGGAAGUGGUUAGUUUCACCUGUCCACUGCCUUCAGGUUACUAUAUAGAGGAAGCGGUUAGUUUCACCUGUCCACUGCCUUCAGGUAACUAGACAGGAAGUGGUUAGUUUCACCUGUCCUCUGCCUUCAGGUAACUAGACAGGAAGCGGUUAGUUUCACCUGUCCUCUGCCUUCAGGUAACUAGACAGGAAGCGGUUAGUUUCACCUGUCCACUGCCUUCAGGUAACUAGACAGGAAGCGGUUAGUUUCACCUGUCCACUACCUUCAGGUUACUAUAUAGAGGAAGCUGUUAGUUUCACCUGUCCUCUGCCUUCAGGUAACUAGACAGGAAGCGGUUAGUUUCACCUGUCCACUACCUUCAGGUAACUAGACAGGAAGCUGUUAGUUUCACCUGUCCUCUGCCUUCAGGUAACUAGACAGGAAGCGGUUAGUUUCACCUGUCCACUACCUUCAGGUAACUAUAUAGAGGAAGCGGUUAGUUUCACCUGUCCUCUGCCUUCAGGUAACUAGACAGGAAGCGGUUAGUUUCACCUGUCCACUACCUUCAGGUUACUAUAUAGAGGAAGCGGUUAGUUUCACCUGUCCACUACCUUCAGGUAACUAGACAGGAAGCGGUUAGUUUCACCUGUCCACUACCUUCAGGUAACUAUAGACAGGAAGUGGUUAGUUUCACCUGUCCACUACCUUCAGGUUACUAUAUAGAGGAAGCGGUUAGUUUCACCUGUCCACUACCUUCAGGUAACUAUAGACAGGAAGCGGUUAGUUUCACCUGUCCACUACCUUCAGGUUACUAUAUAGAGGAAGCGGUUAGUUUCACCUGUCCACUACCUUCAGGUAACUAUAGACAGGAAGCGGUUAGUUUCACCUGUCCACUACCUUCAGGUAACUAUAGACAGGAAGCGGUUAGUUUCACCUGUCCACUACCUUCAGGUAACUAUAUAGAGGAAGCGGUUAGUUUCACCUGUCCACUACCUUCAGGUAACUAUAUAGAGGAAGCGGUUAGUUUCACCUGUCCACUACCUUCAGGUAACUAUAGACAGGAAGCGGUUAGUUUCACCUGUCCACUACCUUCAGGUAACUAUAUAGAGGAAGCGGUUAGUUUCACCUGUCCACUACCUUCAGGUAACUAUAGACAGGAAGCGGUUAGUUUCACCUGUCCACUACCUUCAGGUUACUAUAUAGAGGAAGCGGUUAGUUUCACCUGUCCACUACCUUCAGGUAACUAUAGACAGGAAGCGGUUAGUUUCACCUGUCCACUACCUUCAGGUUACUAUAUAGAGGAAGCGGUUAGUUUCACCUGUCCACUACCUUCAGGUAACUAGACAGGAAGCGGUUAGUUUCACCUGUCCACUACCUUCAGGUAACUAUAGACAGGAAGUGGUUAGUUUCACCUGUCCUCUGCCUUCAGGUUACUAUAGACAGGAAGCGGUUAGUUUCACCUGUCCACUGCCUUCAGGUUACUAUAUAGAGGAAGCGGUUAGUUUCACCUGUCCACUACCUUCAGGUAACUAUAGACAGGAAGCGGUUAGUUUCACCUGUCCACUACCUUCAGGUUACUAUAUAGAGGAAGCGGUUAGUUUCACCUGUCCACUACCUUCAGGUAACUAGACAGGAAGCGGUUAGUUUCACCUGUCCACUACCUUCAGGUAACUAUAGACAGGAAGUGGUUAGUUUCACCUGUCCACUACCUUCAGGUUACUAUAUAGAGGAAGCUGUUAGUUUCACCUGUCCACAGCCUUCAGGUUACUAUAUAGAGGAAGUGGUUAGUUUCACCUGUCCACUACCUUCAGGUUACUAUAUAGAGGAAGCGGUUAGUUUCACCUGUCCACUACCUUCAGGUUACUAUAUAGAGGAAGCUAAGAGAGAGACUCUUGUUUAACCCUUUAGUCCCCUCAGCCCUACUUUAUUAAGAAUUAUAUUUUAAUGGGCUUCUUCUGGUCCAUGCUCUAACUCAGGCCCUGUGUGUGAGACAGGUGUGUGUGAGACAGGUGUGUGUGAGCUGUGUGUGAGACAGGUGUGUGUGAGACAGGUGUGUGUGAGACAGGUGUGUGUGAGCUGUGUGUGAGACAGGUGUGUGUGAGACGGGUGUGUGUGAGACAGGUGUGUGUGAGACAGGUGUGUGUGAGACAGGUGUGUGUGAGACAGGUGUGUGUGAGACAGGUGUGUGUGAGACAGGUGUGUGUGAGACGGGUGUGUGUGAGACGGGUGUGUGUGAGACGGGUGUGUGUGAGACGGGUGUGUGUGAGACGGGUGUGUGUGAGACGGGUGUGUGUGAGACGGGUGUGUGUGAGACGGGUGUGUGUGAGACGGGUGUGUGUGAGACGGGUGUGUGUGAGACGGGUGUGUGUGAGACGGGUGUGUGUGAGACGGGUGUGUGUGAGACGGGUGUGUGUGAGACAGGUGUGUGUGAGACAGGUGUGUGAAGGAGUUAUCCGCAUGCUUCCCAUCCAAAAUAGUUUGUAUAUUUUGUACUUCCUGUGACGUUUCUGUUGAUUUCGGUGAGGGAUUUUUUUUCGGGCUGUUCAUGUAUGCGUUCUGUUCUCCUGGCAAGCCGAAGUUCAGUAUCCGCGUCUCCGCCCCUUUCGUCAGUGAUUGGUCAACAGUAGGGAUUCUUCAAUAAGUGUUUGUCAUUCAACGACAGACUAAUCGUUUUCAUUGAGAAAUAAGGCAACAAACAUCUUAGUUAGAUGUAAAAUCGUUCGACUAGCAUCUCCUUGACAAAAACGUACAUUUUGGACAGAUUUCUUGAGUUAUCUUUAGAUUAAUUCUGAUUAUUUUGAGGAAGUGUAUAUUGGCUACGGCGUCUCAAGUUGGACAAACAGUACCAUCGCAAUUUUUUUUUCUUGUUUUUCAAGAGAAGGUCUUUUAAGGGAGCAUGCGAGUACUCUCGUUUGGUUCAGCCGAAUCGAAGCAUGCGGGAGGAUUAACACAGGUGUGUGUGUGUGUGUGUGUGUGAGCUUGUAACACAGGUGUGUGUUGUGAGCGUGUAAGACAGGUGUGUGUUAGAGCUGUUUGUAAGACAGGUUUGUGUGUGUGUGCGCGUUUGUCUAUAUCCAGUUUCCAUGUGUCCAAUACAUGUAUUGUAAGACUGGUAGAGACUGGUUGUUAUCGUCAGUACUGUUGAGACUGGUAGAGACUGGUUGUUAUCGUCAGUACUGUGAGACUGGUAGAGACUGGUUGUUAUCGUCAGUACUGUUGAGACUGGUAGAGACUGGUUGUUAUCGUCAGUACUGUUGAGACUGGUAGAGACUGGUUGUUAUCGUCAGUACUGUGAGACUGGUUGAGACUGGUUGUUAUCGUCAGUACUGUUGAGACUGGUAGAGACUGGUUGUGUUGUCAGUACUGUGAGACUGGUAGAGACUGGUUGUUAUCGUCAGUACUGUGAGACUGGUUGAGACUGGUUGUUAUCGUCAGUACUGUUGAGACUGGUAGAGACUGGUUGUUAUCGUCAGUACUGUUGAGACUGGUAGAGACUGGUUGUUAUCGUCAGUACUGUUGAGACUGGUAGAGACUGGUUGUUAUCGUCAGUACUGUUGAGACUGGUAGAGACUGGUUGUGUUGUCAGUACGGUGAGACUGGUAGAGACUGGUUGUUAUCGUCAGUACUGUGAGACUGGUUGAGACUGGUUGUUAUCGUCAGUACUGUUGAGACUGGUAGAGACUGGUUGUUAUCGUCAGUACUGUUGAGACUGGUAGAGACUGGUUGUUAUCGUCAGUACUGUUGAGACUGGUAGAGACUGGUUGUUAUCGUCAGUGCUGUUGAGAGUGGUUGAGACUGGUUGUUAUCGUUGAGACUGGUUGUUAUCGUUGAGACUGGUGAGACUGGUAGAGACUGGUUGUUAUCGUCAGUACUGUUGAGACUGGUAGAGACUGGUUGUUAUCGUCAGUACUGUUGAGACUGGUAGAGACUGGUUGUUAUCGUCAGUACUGUUGAGACUGGUAGAGACUGGUUGUUAUCGUCAGUACUGUUGAGACUGGUAGAGACUGGUUGUUAUCGUCAGUACUGUUGAGACUGGCAGAGACUGGUUGUUAUCGUCAGUACUGUUGAGACUGGUAGAGACUGGUUGUUAUCGUCAGUACUGUUGAGACUGGUAGAGACUGGUUGUUAUCGUCAGUACUGUUGAGACUGGUAGAGACUGGUUGUUAUCGUCAGUACUGUUGAGAGUGGUUGAGACUGGUUGUUAUCGUCAGUACUGUUGAGACUGGUAGAGACUGGUUGUUAUCGUCAGUACUGUUGAGACUGGUAGAGACUGGUUGUUAUCGUCAGUACUGUUGAGACUGGUAGAGACUGGUUGUUAUCGUCAGUACUGUUGAGACUGGUAGAGACUGGUUGUUAUCGUCAGUACUGUUGAGACUGGUAGAGACUGGUUGUUAUCGUCAGUACUGUGAGACUGGUUGAGACUGGUUGUUAUCGUCAGUACUGUUGAGACUGGUAGAGACUGGUUGUUAUCGUCAGUACUGUUGAGACUGGUAGAGACUGGUUGUGUUGUCAGUACUGUGAGACUGGUAGAGACUGGUUGUUAUCGUCAGUACUGUGAGACUGGUUGUUAUCGUCAGUACUGUCGAGACUGGUAGAGACUGGUUGUUAUCGUCAGUACUGUUGAGACUGGUAGAGACUGGUUGUUAUCGUCAGUACUGUUGAGACUGGUAGAGACUGGUUGUUAUCGUCAGUACUGUUGAGACUGGUAGAGACUGGUUGUGUUGUCAGUACGGUGAGACUGGUAGAGACUGGUUGUUAUCGUCAGUACUGUGAGACUGGUUGAGACUGGUUGUUAUCGUCAGUACUGUUGAGACUGGUAGAGACUGGUUGUUAUCGUCAGUACUGUUGAGACUGGUAGAGACUGGUUGUUAUCGUCAGUACUGUUGAGACUGGUAGAGAAUGGUUGUUAUCGUCAGUACUGUUAAGACUGGUAGAGACUGGUUGUUAUCGUCAGUACUGUUGAGACUGGUAGAGACUGGUUGUUAUCGUCAGUACUGUUGAGACUGGUAGAGACUGGUUGUUAUCGUCGGUACUGUUGAGACUGGUAGAGACUGGUUGUUAUCGUCGGUACUGUGAGACUGGUAGAGACUGGUUGUUAUCGUCGGUACUGUGAGACUGGUAGAGACUGGUUGUUAUCGUCAGUACUGUUGAGAGUGGUUGAGACUGGUUGUUAUCGUCAGUACUGUUGAGAGUGGUUGAGACUGGUUGUUAUCGUCAGUACUGUUGAGAGUGGUUGAGACUGGUUGUUAUCGUCAGUACUGUUGAGAGUGGUUGAGACUGGUUGUUAUCGUCAGUACUGUUGAGACUGGUAGAGACUGGUUGUUAUCGUCAGUACUGUUGAGACUGGUUGUGUUGUCAGUACUGUGAGACUGGUUGUGUUGUCAGUACUGUGAGACUGGUUGUGUUGUCAGUACUAUAAGCAUGUUGAGACUGGUUGUGUUGUCAGUACUGUGAGACUGGUUAAGACUGGUUGUGUUGUCAGUACUGUGAGACUGGUUGUGUUGUCAGUACUGUGAGACUGGUUGUGUUGUCAGUACUAUAAGCAUGCUGUGACUGGUUGUGUUGUCAGUACUGUGAGACUGGUUGUGUUGUCAGUACUGUGAGACUGGUUGUGUUGUCAGUACUAUAAGCAUGCUGUGACUGGUUGUGUUGUCAGUACUGUGAGACUGAUUGUGUUGUCAGUACUGUGAGGCUGGUUGUGUUGUCAGUACUAUAAGCAUGUUGUGACUGGUUGUGUUGUCAGUACUGUGAGCAUGUUGAGACUGGUUAAGACUGGUUGUGUUGUCAGUACUAUAAGCAUGUUGGGACUGGUUAAGACUGGUUGUGUUGUCAGUACUGUGAGACUGGUUGAGACUGGUUGAGACUGGUUGUGUUGUCAGUACUGUAAGACUGGUUGAGACUGGUUGUGUUGUCAGUACUGUGAGACUGGUUGAGACUGGUUGAGACUGGUUGAGACUGGUUGGGGAGAUAAAAUUACACCUUAUAAAGAUAAUCCCCUGCCUCCAACCAAAUGGAUUUGGAAUACUUUAGUCCAGGCCAUUGUCUGACUUUGAAGUGCCUUUUAUUUUCUUGGUCCUGUGCAGUUGUUAAUCAAACCAAUAUAGGUGUGAAACGCACAGGUUGUUUUUUUUUCAAUAUCAACUUAUUUUUUGGGGGAAGAAAUUGUGAAUUAUUUCAAGUGUGCCAAUCCAUUAGAACGUAACUGUAGUUCUCAGAUCUCUGUGGUCAUUAGACCCAACAGCUGUUCAGAAUGAAAUAAAGAUCUACAAACUAUUUUAUAUUUUAGCAUUUUAAUAUACGUAGAUGAAGAUUUCAUUUUCAUGUUUUAGUCUCUUUUUUUUUGUGUGGAGGGGGUGAUGAAGAGAGUGAGAUGAGGAGAGAGGACUUUUGAGAGAUUGAUACUUGAUCUACAGAGAUGACAGUAGAAGUAAUCAAUAGUCUACAGUGGGUUUAUUUAAAAGCGAUUUGAUAGAGAAUUUCCCCAGACACAGAUUCAUCCUAGUCCUGGACUAAAGCGCUAUUUCAAUGGAGAUUUUCCAUUUAAGCAGAUUUUUUUUAGUACUAAACUAAGCCUAACUUUAAUCUUUGUCUGGGAAACCUGCCAUUAAAGUUGAUUUCCAUUUCCUAUUUACUCCGUUACUGUAAAUAUUAUGUUAUUAUUAUCAAUGUUCCCUAUAAGCUGCGUGGGCGCACGGCUCCCCGGGACUUCAGCCCGCGCAGAGAUGUACGAGAUUGAACUGUCUAGUUUUCCCUUUUAGUUAACACUAUCAGCGUGUCCCUUUACUGUGCGAAUUAGGAUGGAAUCAACACAAUCAAAGCCCUUUUCAAUGCAACCACACUGAAAGAAAACAAACUGUGCAAGAGAUGUUCUUGUAGGCAGAGAGAAUUGGAGUAGGACUCUAUUGUAUUGACAAGCACGACAUCAGGCCCAUACUCUACACCGACCGGUGCGCCAUAACCAAUCAGAGCUGCAGUAUCCCUAUAUUCGGUCUUAAAGGGGCAGUGUUGUAUUUUGAGACAUGCUUGAAUAAGCUAAGUAAGCAAAUAAGCGGAAGGUAGCAAUAAUUUGUCUGAUUCGCUGUAAUAAUGGUAUGAGAAUAACAAUGCAUUUUAUUUUGUCAAGCGGUUUCUUGCAUCAAACAACACACAAACAUGUUCAUUCACCUCCUUGUCUAAAGGACAAGUGGAUGAACAGGUUGUCAAUCCCUCCAUGUUUGUUUCAAGUCUCAUGGAAUGUAGGCCUGCAUUGAACACCACACAUUGACUGCUACUGUAGGUUGAACGAUAGAACGGCUAUUUCCAUGUUAAAAUGCUAUGGGAUGCAUUUUCUCCAUUGUUUUUGAUGGUAGGCUACUCUGGUAGGCCUACAUUAUGAUCAAAUAUCCAGAGCAGCCUACUUGACCACUGUUAACUGUAACUGAAAGUGGGUACAGCCUCAGUGUUCACAGUAAAACUGUAACUUAGUGGGUACAGCCUCAGUGUUCACAGUAAAACUGUAACUUAGUGGGUACAGCCUCAGUGUUCACAGUAAAACUAUAACUUAGUGGGUACAGCCUCAGUGUUCACAGUAAAACUGUAACUUAAAGCAGGUACAGCCUCAGUGUUCACAGUAAAACUGUAACUUAGUGGGUACAGCCUCAGUGUUCACAGUAAAACUGUAACUGAAAGCAGGUACAGCCUCAGUGUUCACAGUAAAACUGUAACUUAGUGGGUACAGCCUCAGUGUUCACAGUAAAACUGUAACUUAGCAGGUACAGCCUCAGUGUUCACAGUAAAACUGUAACUUAAAGUGGGUACAGCCUCAGUGUUCACAGUAAAACUGUAACUUAAAGUGGGUACAGCCUCAGUGUUCACAGUAGAGCAGGUACAGCCUCAGUGUUCACAGUAAAACUGUAACUUAAAGUGGGUACAGCCUCAGUGUUCACAGUAAAACUGUAACUUAAAGCAGGUACAGCCUCAGUGUUCACAGUAAAACUGUAACUGAAAGCAGGUACAGCCUCAGUGUUCACAGUAAAACUGUAACUUAGUGGGUACAGCCUCAGUGUUCACAGUAAAACUGUAACUUAGCAGGUACAGCCUCAGUGUUCACAGUAAAACUGUAACUUAGUGGGUAGAGCCUCAGUGUUCACAGUAAAACUGUAACUUAAAGUGGGUACAGCCUCAGUGUUCACAGUAAAACUGUAACUUAAAGUGGGUACAGCCUCAGUGUUCACAGUAAAACUGUAACUUAAAGUGGGUACAGCCUCAGUGUUCACAGUAAAACUAACUUAAAGUGGGUACAGCCUCAGUGUUCACAGUAAAACUGUAACUUAAAGUGGGUACAGCCUCAGUGUUCACAGUAAACGCGCGCCAGAAGUUGCACAGAAUUUUCACAAUGUUCAACUUUGUGCUCAAAAGACCUGAAAUUUGCUCAAUUUGCCGAAAGGAAUAUUGAUCCCUAUUGUGUUUCUUUUAGUACUGUAUCGUUAUUGUUCUGUCCUCUUCUUCUACUACUUUUGCAUAGCUAAAAACGUUUGAUUUUAAGAGAGAAAUAAACUUCAGUAUUGUACUCUGUUUUUACCUGGGGGUGGUGACCUGUUAUUUUUUUGUACAAUAUGACAUCUUAGUAUUUUUUUUUCUUAAGGCUUUUCAAAAUAAAGUUAUUUUUAGGGUA